ACUAUAUCAACAGCCCCACCAAAAUUAUUUUCCACCAGCCGCCACUGAUUAAAACGGUUAAUCAUCUGUUAUAUUUGUCUCUAUUAAUGUGACAGUGUUUUUAUUUUUAAUUGAAUAGCCAUAUCUUAAAGUAGCUUAUCCGUGAUACAGUCUUACAAGUAUAAGAAAUAAUGUGUUUUACAGUUCAAUAGUCUGCUAUUCAGGCUUAUGCCAAGUUUAUCGAUAUUUCAAUAACAAUCCGUUUUGUAAAUCAUUAAUAAUUUUUGCAGUUCUACAGGCAGAUUAUUAUAAGUGCACGCUUUAUUAUUGUUAUGUCUUAAGUCCAUCGUACUAAUCUUAUGUCCAUGGUUAAAUAUUAGUUAGUUGGCACCUUUUGCCCACUUCCUUGAGGUAUAGCACCUUCAGAUUGGCACAUCCAUCACAUCACAGUGAAUGUGGCACCACAGCAUAGACAAGCAUCACUAUGAGCAGCUUCGGGGAGAUCCUGCGGGAGAUCGGGGAGUUUGGUGGCUUUCAGAAACGCUUGUUGGCUGGAGUAUGCAUCCUCAGCAUUUUUUCUGCUUUCGACAUGCUCGGUCAGGUGUUUGUAGGACUGAACUUCCCACAUUCCUGUAACACCGACUGGAUCCUGGAGCGAGGACCCAACCUGACGGAGGAGCGACAAAGAAAUCUCACCCUCCCACUGAACAAGGAUGGAGGCUUUGAGAGCUGUGAGAUGUUCACACCUGUGGAUCUUGAUUUGGAAACCAUUGAGGCGUAUGGCAUCAACAAGACUACAGGAUGCAUACAUGGAUUGGACUAUGACGCACCUGUUGGAGCUUCUAGCAUCGUGACAGAGUUUGAUGUAGUUUGUGACAGGAGUGGUUUGAUCGAGGCGUCCCAGUCCAUCUCCAUGGCCGGAGUUCUGGUUGGAGCGCUGGCUUAUGGGGCGAUUUCUGACCGGUUUGGACGGCGCUUCUCGAUCCUGCUCUGUGUUUCUCUCCUCCUGUUCUUCAGUGUUGGUUCAGCUUUCUCCCCCAACAUCUACGUUUACAUGGUUUUCAAAUUUCUCUCCGGCACCUCGAGUCUCAACCUUCAGAUGAACACAUCUGUGAUGGGGGUGGAGUGGACUGGUCCCUCUUACGCUGCUCGUUUCACAACAAUCACCUUAACGCUCUUCUCUGUGGGAAUUACCUUACUAUCGGGCAUCGCCUAUUUAAUCCGCGAUUGGAGGAUCCUGCAGCUGGUGCUCUUCAGUCCUCUUCUAGUCCUCUUUGCAGUCUAUUACAGGUUUCUCCCAGAGUCCGCCCGCUGGCUGAUCACCCAGGGUAGGAAGGAGGAGGCGCUGAAGGAGCUGCAGAGGGCGGCCAGACUGAACGGGACCACGGUACCAGAACAUCUGCUGGACAAGCUUGAGAUUGAGGGAACAUCCGGAAGAAGAAACGUGUUCGACAUCUUCCGGAUAUCGUAUUUCAGAAAACGUACUCUCAUAAUGGGCUACAACUGGUUUGCAGCAAAUCUUCUCUACUACGGACUGACCCUGAAUGUGGGCAGCUUUGGCCUCAAUAUCUACCUCACACAGUUCAUCUUUGGAGUCGUCGAAUUUCCUGCACAGGCUACUUCUUACGCUCUGAUGCAACGCAUCGGAAGGAGGACAGGACUAGUGGGCUUCCUUUUCUUCGGGGGAGCUUCUUGCCUCAUGGUCCUUGCCAUCCCAAAAGAUCUUCCUGCCGUGGUGACAACCAUAGCAGUCAUCGGGACGUUUGCUGCUACUGCCAGUUUCAACGUAAUCUAUGUGUACACUACAGAAUUAUACCCAACUAUUUUAAGGCAGAAUGGUUUUGGUGUGAACUCGAUGUUUGGUCGCGUGGCGGGGAUCCUGGCUCCACUGGCGAGACUCCUGGACGUCUACCAUCACUCCAUCCCCAUGCUGAUAUACGGCAUCGUCCCCAUCACUGCUGCUGGUCUCUGCUUGUUACUGCCUGAAACCCUCAAUGUGGAACUCCAGGACCACACUGAGUCCGAGAAACCAUCAAAUGGAGCUUUGGAGAAUGCUGAAGUGUUUGUAGGACUGAACUUCCCACAUUCCUGUAACACCGACUGGAUCCUGGAGCGAGGACCCAACCUGACGGAGGAGCGACAAAGAAAUCUCACCCUCCCACUGAACAAGGAUGGAGGCUUUGAGAGCUGUGAGAUGUUCACACCUGUGGAUCUUGAUUUGGAAACCAUUGAGGCGUAUGGCAUCAACAAGACUACAGGAUGCACACAUGGAUGGGACUAUGUUACUACCUGUUGGGGCGUCUAGCAUCGUGACAGAGUUUGAUGUAGUUUGUGACAGGAGUGGUUUGAUCAAGGCGUCCCAGUCCAUCUCCAUGGCCGGAGUUCUGGUUGGAGCGCUGGCUUAUGGGGCGAUUUCUGACCGGUAAGAAACCAAAACAC